GAUUACAAAAGGGAGGGCAUCACAGCCCUCGCCCACCUUUAUCCUCCCAUCCAAAUCCCCGAUUCCCAACCCCAAUCAAUGGCCGCCGCCGCCGCCGAGCCCUCCUCCGCCGACACCUCCCGCCGCUACGUCGUCGGCUACGCGCUCGCGCCCAAGAAGCAGCAGAGCUUCAUCCAGCCCUCCCUCCUCUCGCGCGCCUCUUCGCGCGACAUAGACCUAGUCCCCGUCGACGAGGCGCGGCCGCUCGCGGAGCAGGGCCCCUUCGACCUCAUCAUCCACAAGCUCUACGGCCACGACUGGCGCGCCCAGCUCCAGGCCUUCUCUGCCCUCCACCCCUCCGUCCCCGUCGUCGACCCGCCCCACGCCAUCGACCGCCUCCACAACCGCAUCUCCAUGCUCCAGGUCGUCUCCGAGCUCGACGUCCCGCUCCUCAACGACUGCAGCGGGGACCACGACACCUUCGGCAUCCCCAGCCAGGUCGUCGUCUACGACGGCGCCGCGCUCGCCGACUCGGGCCUCCUCGCCGCCCUCCGCUUCCCGCUCAUCGCAAAGCCGCUUGUCGCCGACGGCACCGCCAAGUCACACAAGAUGUCCCUCGUCUACCACCGCGAGGGGCUCCGCAAGCUCCGCCCGCCGCUCGUCCUGCAGGAGUUCGUCAACCACGGCGGCGUCAUCUUCAAGGUCUACGUCGUCGGCGGACACGUCACCUGCGUCAAGCGCCGCAGCCUCCCCGACGUCUCCAAGGAGAUCCUCGAGGACACCGCCAACGAGGGCACUGUCUCCUUCUCGCAGGUAUCCAAUCUCCCUACCCAGCGCACCGCCCAGGAGUACUACGAUGACGUGCGGCUUGAGGACGCCGUCAUGCCGCCCACAGAUUUCGUCAAUGAGAUUGCCGGUGGUCUCCGCCGGGCGCUGGGCCUGCAGCUCUUCAACUUCGACAUGAUCCGUGAUACCCGUGCUGGGCACCGGUAUCUCGUCAUUGACAUCAACUACUUCCCUGGUUACGCAAAGAUGCCGGGCUACGAGACUGUCCUCACUGACUUCUUCUGGGAGAUGGUCCACAAGGACGACGUGGCCCUCAAGGAGAAGCAGGAGGAAGAGAGCAAUCACACCAUUGUGAAAUGAGAUGGAAAUUGGGAUGGGAUGGCAUGGUCACAAACUUGCAGUUCUUGGAGGAAUGCGAGGUGGCAGGCUAGUUGCAAUUCUUGAGGGAAAUAACGAGUGACCAAUUAGGAUGGGGAGAUAGGGAUUAACAGGAUCCUGGAUUUACUUGGGUUUCAACCUGCAGCUCGCAGAGGCCCUGCGGUGUAAAUCCUUUCUCCUGGAUCCUUUCAUACCAGUUGUUUAGGUAUCUUUCUGUUCUUCGUAAUUUGCUUCAUCCAGUUUAGUUGGAACAGAAGUGGGAGAAUGAACACAAAGUUUGUAGAAAAUUUGCUCUGGAUAUGCUGGAAACCUUUUGUUCUUGAAUAUCGGAUGAAUGACAAUCCAAUCUUAGUGGUACUGCAAUGAAUUUGUUUUCAACUGAGAAUGUUGUCACCUUUUUUCUUUUCUUUUUUAGGAACUGUCACCUUGAAUGGAAACGGAUGAUACAGUUGUCGGACA